UCUGAGGAGCGACGCGCUGCAGCUCGGCGACGCCGCUACCAGACCAGGCUUCCGAACUAAGCCUUCGCGGGAUCGAAUUGGCUGUACGGCAGUCACCCGAACCGCGGCCCGCUUGCGGUCAGAGGAAUCAGGGCCCUACCCGGCCGCCGUAGCGACCUCUCUGUAGUGGGCGGGGCCGAGGCCGGGGUGACCCCGCGGGAGCCACCUCUGCCAGCAACAUGUUCAAGGUAAUUCAGAGGUCUGUGGGGCCAGCCAGCCUGAGUCUGCUCACCUUCAAAGUCUAUGCAUCACCUAAAAAGGAUUCACCUCACAAAACUUCCGUGAAGGUUAAUGAGCUUUCACUCUACUCCGUUCCUGAGAGUCCAUCUAAAUAUGUGGAUGAGCCAAGGACCCAACUUGAAGAAAGCAUCUCACAUAUCCGACAUUAUUGCGAGCCAUACACAAGUUGGUGUCAGGAAAUGUACUCACAAACUAAACCCAAGAUGCAGAGCUUGGUUCAGUGGGGGUUAGACAGCUAUGAAUAUCUCCAAAAUGCACCUCCUGGAUUUUUUCCAAGACUUGGUGUUAUUGGUUUUGCUGGCAUUCUUGGACUUCUUUUGGCUAGAGGUUCAAAAAUAAAGAAGUUGGUGUAUCCCCCUGGGUUCAUGGGAUUAGCUGCCUCUCUUUAUUAUCCACAACAAGCCAUCGUGUUUGUCCAGGUCAGCGGGGAGAAAUUAUAUGACUGGGGUUUACGAGGAUACAUAGUCGUAGAAGAUUUGUGGAAGGAGAACUUUCAAAAGCUACAUAGCUGACUGAAUGUUGCCCAUGUUUGCUGGAACACUCUACUCUGAUAAUGAAGAACGGGUAUAGAACAAGGCAUGGUGUUUCCUCCAAGCACUUGGAGGCAUUGCGCAAGAAGGAAGAACUAGGGUUCUUACGUUAAUAGACUUUCUACAUUAUAGAUUGAAGAAUGUUCUUUUUGACUUCUCUCAUCUCAAAUAAAAAAACUCUUUGAAAAUAUGAAGAACUAUCUCCAAAUUGAAAUCCAGAAUUUUGAACUGGAACUUGGAUGUAACAUUAUAGAAUAAAUUAUAAGCCCCUCUCAUUGUUUACAUAAAUCAUCUUCCAAUGAAAUCUUAAGACUUAUUUUUGUAUUAGUGGUAUCUACAGGAAUUAGUCUCUAUUGAGCCUGUUCAAGCUAGCUUUGGCGAGGAAGUUCUGUAUUAAUAUCAAGUGCCUUUUGGCAAUUCCCUUUAAAGAAUAAACACUCUUAGUUUUGUUUUCAUUCCUCUGAUAUUUUUUUUGGAAGCUUGCUUUCCUGUUUAAAGAAUUCCUUAAGUCCACACUGAGUUUUAUAUGGGAAAGGAAAUAGAAUGUCAGGUAAGCUAUACACAGCCCUAGAAAGAAAGGUGGAAAAUGAAACUCAUCCUCCGUUCCAAGUGGUCACUGUGGUGUUAGCACAGAUACACGUGAACUGAAGCCAUUGGGGGGGGGGUGUCUCCUGGGAGCCUCCGAGUGCUCACUUGAGGUGCCCGUUGGCAGCCCAGACUCACUGCAGAUGAAAGCCGAGGAGGGGAUCCCCACAGAGCCGCUAGCUUGGAAAGAGCUUUUUCUGCUCUAGAAUCCAGCCCAGGGCAGAAACAACGGGACUGUGGCUGGAAUGCAAGUCAAACAGGCCAGCAUUUUAUGGUAAUUUGAAAACGUUAGAUGUUAACACUACUCACAUUUAUAUGCGAGUCUUUGGGGAGUGAGAUAGUAAAGAUGUGUAAUUAGCUCAUGGCUGGUCUGCCUUUUUACCUCUGGUCUUCUGUGCCCUUGCCCUCUCCAGAGUCCUUGAGAAUGUAAUGUUCUUGCAUUUGUUUACUCUGAAAGCCUAAUUUUCCUGAUGGUUGUCUUUUCUCAGUAGAAGGUAAUAAAAUUGAUGUUGACUCAACAUUUAACACCAAUUGUAGAUGAAGAACAGAAGGCUCUAAUCAAAAUUUGAUAUACUUAGAUUUCGGGAACUGUUUGAUAGUGAAAUGCCAUUGUUUUUCAUUGAUUGCUCUUCACCCUCCUUCUUGGAUUUUGUGGCUUUUGGUCGUUUUUGUUUUAUUGCUGAGAGCAAAGAUUUAAGCUACUCUGGAAGAGGAAUCCUUUGGGGCUCAGGGACUGUCUCUUUGAAGGGACCUGGGGCACACUUUAUGAUUGAGUUUUUUGUUUGUUUAUUCCUUAGCUUAUUUGGAAAUUGGUUUUCAAGUCAGGCUUGAAAUUAGCAGUCUCAAUUAGAUGUAGUCUUAUGCAUGGUUGUGCUUAGUUAUCCCUGUAGUGAUCUCACAAAUGUACGUGCUUGUGAUUCUUUUUGUGUUUUUUUUUUAUGUUUUUAUUUUAUUUUUGAGAGAGAGAGACACAGUGAGAGCAGGGGAGGGGCAGAGAGAGAUAGAGACAGAAUCUGAUGUGCUUGUGAUACUCAACUAGUCAAAGAAAUUUGUGGACAUUGUAUUUCAAACAGGGCCCUGCAAUCUUCAGUGGUAUUGAUGAUGGA